CGGCCAGCAGCGAUGCCGCCCAAAAAGGGCAAAGAGAGCGUGCAGCGCAAGUCCGCGGCCGAGUUCUUCACCGAGAACCAGACCAUCGCGGGCUUCGACAACCCGGGCAAGAGCCUCUACACGACGAUCCGCGAGCUCGUGGAGAACUCGCUGGACGCGGCGGAGUCCAUCGGCGAGCCGCCGGACGUCGCGCUGGAGAUCCGGGAGCUCAGCCAGGCGGAGCUGGACGCGGAGCGGGGCGUCCUGCGGCUCGAGCGCGUCGACGAAACGCUCUUCGAGGGCCGCGGCAAGGCGGACGACAAGGAGAAGACGCGCUUGUUCUACCGCGUCACCUGCCGGGACAACGGCUGCGGCGUCCACCGCGAGGCGAUCCCCGACGCGUUCGGGCGGGUGCUCGCCGGGUCGAAGUACGGCGCGCGGCAGGCGCGGGGCAAGUUCGGCCUCGGCGCGAAGAUGGCGCUGAUCUGGGGCAAGAAGUCGUCCGGGCUGCCGCUGACGGUGCGGACGGCCCGCGCCGCGCACGAGCCGGUGAGCCGCGUGGUGCUGGACAUCGACAUCCAGCGGAACGAGCCGCGCGUGCUGGAGGACUCGGUGGCGGAGAACAGCCAGAAGUGGCGGGGCGCGGAGCUGACGGUCACGGUCGGCGGCAACUGGAAGGCGUACCGCGCGCGCAUCGUCCAGUACCUGCGGCAGCUGGCGAUCAUCACGCCCUACGCGUCGCUGCGGCUCGACUUCCGCGGGUCCGGGUCCGACCGGCGGGACGUGCGCCUGGAGUUCGCGCGGCGGACGACGAAGGUGCCCCCCGUGCCCCGGGCGACGGGCUACCACCCCGCGGCGCUCGACGAGCUGCUGCUGGAGCAGCUGCUGCGGAAGACGGCCCAGCCGUCGCUGGGCGCGUUCUGCCGCCACGCGCUGCAGGGCGGGCCGCCCGCGCUCAUGCGGCGCGUGCUCAAGGAGGGCGGCUUCGACGAGAGGACGGAGCCGCUCCGCGUGGCGGACGACGCCGCGCGGCUGCGGCGGCUCGCGCGCCUGUUCCGGGACGUGAACUGCUUCGCGCCGCCGGACGCGAGCGGCCUGGCGCCCGUCGGCGAGUACAACCUGCGGCUGGGCGUCGAGAAGGAGGUCCGCCCGACGUACGUCGCCACCGCGUGCUCCCCCGUCGCGGCGCACGAGGGCCACGCGUUCGUCGUCGAGGCGGCCGUGUCGGUCGGCGGGCUCAGGGAGGAGGAGGAGGGCCUGCGCGUCUACCGGUUCGCGAACCGCAUCCCGCUGCUCUUCGAGGGCGGCGCCGACGUCGCCACCAUCGUGGCGAAGAAGCGCGUGCGGUGGGCCGCGUACAAGAUCGACGUCAAGAAGGAGCGGGUCGGCGUCUUCGUGUCGCUCGUGAGCACCAAGAUCCCCUUCAAGGGCACCUCCAAGGAGUACGUGGGCGAGGACGCCCACGAAAUCCACGACGCGAUCCGGGAGUGCCUCAUGGCCUGUGGGUCGCAGCUCAAGGCGCAGCUGGCGAAGCGCGACCUCCAUCAGAGGGACCGGGACCGGCGCAAGAACCUGCUGCGGUACGUGCCCGACGUCGCGGCGGCGCUCUGCGGCGUCCUGCAGACGGACGAGGACGCGCUGAAGAAGGCUUUGCAGCGCCACGUCGACCGCGCCGACCUCGAAGCGGUCGCGGACGACGGCGGCGCGCCGCGGGCGCGCGUCGACAUGCGGCGGCGGGCCGUCGUGCGGGACGUCGUGUCGACGCGCUUCGCGCUGCGGCUGUUCGCGCCGCGCGGCGCGGCGUCGCGGCCGCCCGACGAGGACGAGGAGGCCGAGGCCGAGGUCGCGCCGAAGAGGAAGAGGCCGCGCGCGGCGUGGACGGGCGUGGUCGACGAUGAUGACGGGGGGGACCCGGCGGCGAGCCCGCCGCCCGCGGCGGCGGCGGCGGCGCGCGCCGACUUCGAGUUCGACGACGACGACGACGACGACGACGACGACGUCCUCGCCAUCGACGGGCUUUCGCCGUCCAAGGGUGCGCCGCCCUCCGCCGGCGCGCCGCGGUCGCCGGCGCGGAGCCGUCUCGGGCGGGGCGACGGGCUCGCGGUCGCCGACUCGUCGUCCGACGGCGACUCGUCGUCCUCGGAGGACGUUCCCUUGGCGAGCCUCGCACCGCCGCCACCGAAUAAACGGCCGCGCCCCCUCCCGGCUCCGGACGCCGGCUCAAGCGACGACUCGUCGGGCGACGAGUGGGCGGCGUAA